UGAGUCAUCACACAUGUAUUCGUAGCUUACUCCUCUCCAACCUCCGUUGCUCAUCUUUGCUUCCAUUCACGACGUAAACCUCCAUAGUGGAUUGGGAUCCCAUCAGCUGUUGUCAUUAUACAGGAAUUCUCAGUUAACAGAUUAGCUUGAAAUGAGACGGCAGUAUACAACACUCAACAGCUACUGAAGGAUUCAACAAUGGACAUGAAAGCGUCAGCUAGUGAUUUAGUAUCGAUGGAAACCCUCAACACUUGUUAUAUUCUAGUGGAAUAUUCAACCUACAAAGUGCCAUUCUACACAGAUCUUUUAAUUUAAUUUAUAUUAGUUACCUUGGAUUCUCUGAAGGAACAGAUUAUUUUUCCAUUUAGUUGGAGAUUUCACCACCAGCAGAAAUUUAACCUUUAUUGAAUACUCAAUAAGGGGAUGACUUUGAAUUACAACUGAAAUAAAUGAUAAGUGGAUUUCAUAACGAAAUUUGAAUUUUACCUGAAUCCACACAGUCUGUAUCCACGUGGACAUCAGCAUAACAUCUUGGAGUUGAUGUGGAUUGGGUCAUUAGUUCAUUGACCUGUAUGGAGAAUUGAAAGUUGGCCCCAUUUCUCUGAUUUAGGAUUCGAUCUACCCAACUGUUGCAUCAAUUAUUUAUGCUGUAGAAUACUUGGAUCUAUGUGAAUAAUGAUCGAAGGACUGAACUUUUAACUUUUCAACUGACUAUGAUUUCUUAUAAUCAUUUGUUUGUUCUGGAGACAAUCGUCAAGUUGUACACAGAGGAUUUUUUUUCAAAUGGGGAGAUAAGAUUUUGUCAUCAGUAAAAGUUUUGAAUUAGAGCAUUACAACUUGAAGUCUGCUGAGUACCAGUUAUAAACUGGUUGCCAACUGUAAGGAAGUAAUGGAUAUUGGAAUUGGUUGUAAGUAGUGUGAUUUCAUCUUCAUAUAUGUGUACAUGAAGGGACAAUCUUCAACCCCGAGCCAACCUUGUGUACACUACAACAGGUUCUAGCCUUGCAUGCCUUUUAUCUGAGGUACAGCAUUACUGGAGGCCAACCGUUUGAUUCAAUUCAGCGACUGCUGUGUCUUUGUUUAUCAGGGCUGUAUACGGUCUACAGAAUACAUAGCUGCAGGAUAAUAUCUGCAUUUGGCAUUGGGCAGGAACCCAUGCUGAGUUAAAUUACAUGGAGGCUGUAUCAUCUAAGUUUGUGCAUGAGUUGUAAGACUGUCUGUGUGAAGAGAAAUUAAAACUAGACAGUACUCCUGAAGAAUAAUCACAGUAAAAAUUCGCAAUGUGGAGUGCGUAUGAUGGGAACCAUAGAGGGCGCCAUGAGAUUCACAGCCCAGUGCCGGAUCCAUCAUCAAGUGCGUGGUUUCCAUGUGAAUGCGUUGUGGGACUGUUUGGCUGCAAGAAGAAACCUCUGCAAUAUCACUAUCCCGACGAGGAUUCCACAGCUUUAGAUGGUGCCCCACGGCUGGUUCCCGUAGUCGGCUCCAGUGUACCACAAGUAAGAGAAAACAUACAAAGCUACGUCUCGCAGUCAACAGUGUUGCCGGCUGAGCCGAGUCCUUCCCCUGUCUUUGUAAAUGCUGACCAUCUUAAACAGUCUCCCAACGAGGUAUCACCAAGCGACAGCCUUCCAAUGAACAAUAUAGACGAGUGGGAAUAUGAAGACAUCAUAUUAAAUCGGGGAGGAGCUGGGCUCGGGUUCAGCAUAGCAGGAGGAGUGGAUAAUCCACACAUUGGAGAUGAUCCAAGUAUCUUCAUUACUAAGCUCAUCCCAGGGGGUGCAGCAGCAGUUGGUGGAAGACUCAGAUUGAACGACAUCAUUGUCAGAGUAAAUGACUCAGAGAUACAGAAUAUUCCUCACCAAGUUGCUGUAGAUGCUCUCAAAAGAACAGGAAAUAUUGUCAAUCUGGUUAUAAGACGGAGAAGGCAACGACGUCCUGGAGAUGUCCUCCGAAUCAAACUGGUUAAAGGAACGAAGGGGUUAGGUUUUAGCAUCGCUGGAGGGUGUGGGAAUCAACAUGUAGCUGGAGACAAUGGUAUAUUUGUAACCAAGAUCAUCGAUGGGGGUGCUGCACAGAUGGAUGGGAACCUGCAGAUGGGGGAUAAGAUUAUAGCAGUUGGAAACCGUAAACUAGACGAGGUAACUCAUGAGGAAGCUGUAGCUGUCUUGAAAGCAACGAGUGAGGUCGUCAUGUUGACUGUCGUCAAAGGUGCAGUACCAAGCUAUCCCCCAUCGCCACCUCAGAGUAUAACAUCACAACCUGAUGUCUCCAACAUUGCUCCUUCCUCACCGCCACCACCCUAUCCAGAACCCAAGGUUAUCAGUGUUGCCUCCACGGGUUUGAAGUCUGAGCAACCUCGACGCCCAGCGACCCCUCCCCACCAGGAAAUGUCUGAUAUGAAUCCACCUCAAUAUCCCGAGGGAUCCUACAGCUCUAUGCAGAAGCUGCAUAAUAUCCCGCCUUCACCCACAGGUACCUACGAGGGAAAUGGUAUCAAACCAUAUGUACAAAAUGAUGAUGACUUUCCAAGGGAGCCAAGGACUGUGAUUCUUAACAAAGGAGCGACUGGCUUAGGGUUUAACAUUGUAGGAGGGGAGGAUGGGGAAGGUAUUUUUAUCUCCUUCAUUCUGGCUGGAGGAGUUGCUGACCUCAGCGGAGAACUCAAGAGAGGAGAUCAGAUUCUAUCCGUAAAUAAGAAAGAUUUACGGAGUGCUACUCAUGAAGAUGCUGCUCUAGCGUUGAAAGGGACGGGACAGACUGUAGUUAUUGAUGCUCAGUAUAAACCUGAAGAAUACAAUCGAUUUGAAGCCAAGAUACAAUCCUUGAGGGAAGAAAUGAUGAAUAGUUCAGUCAGUACUACAGGCAGUCUCCGAACAGCACCAAAACGCUCGCUCUAUGUCAGAGCCUUGUUUGAUUAUGACAAGACAAAAGAUAGCGGACUACCCAGUCAAGGAUUAAGCUUUGGUUAUGGUGAUAUUUUACACGUAACCAAUGCUAGCGAUGAUGAAUGGUGGCAAGCGAGACAAGUCCUUCAUACUGGAGAGGAAGGGGAGAUGGGUGUCAUUCCCAGUAAAAGGAGGGUUGAGAAAAGAGAGAGAGCCAGACUGAAGAGUGUCAAGUUUUCAGGCAGAGGAGGAAGUUUGGAAAGCAAGGGGUCAAUGAGUGAGAAACGCAAAAAGGGUUUCUUCUCGCGGAAAUUCAAGAAAGGACGAGAGAGUGACCAAGACACAAGCGAUGCUGAACACAUCACCUCAAACGCCAGCGAUAGUGAAAGUAGUUACCGAAAUGAUGAGAUGAUCUUGUCAUACGAGGGAGUUGUUCAACAAGAAGUUAAAUACACCAGGCCUGUGAUAAUCCUUGGACCAGGCAAAGAUCGCGUCAACGAUGACUUAAUCUCUGAGAUGCCAGAGAAGUUUGGUAGCUGUGUUCCUCAUACAACAAGACCGAGGCGACCACAUGAAGUCGAUAAAAGAGACUACCAUUUUGUUGAGUCCAGAGAACAGAUGGAGAAAGAUAUUCAAGAUCAUUUAUUCAUUGAGGCUGGUCAAUACAAUGAGAACUUGUAUGGAACUAGUGUAGCAUCAGUCAGAGAAGUAGCAGAGAAGGGUAAGCAUUGCAUCCUUGAUGUUAGUGGGAAUGCCAUUCGUCGCCUGCAGGUUGCCAACCUUCAUCCCAUUGCUCUAUUUAUCCGUCCUAAAACACCAGAGAUGAUCAUGGAGAUGAAUAGGAGGAUGUCAAGGGAGCAGGCAGAAAAGACUUUUGAUAGAGCUGAUAAACUGGAGAUGGAGUUUGGAGAGUUUUUCACAGCCAUUAUUCAAGGUGACACAUUGGAUGAUAUCUACUAUCGAUGUAAAGAUGUGAUUCAAAAGCAGUCUGGCUCAUUCAUAUGGGUUCCUACUAAGGAUAAAUUGUGAUCCCAGUUACCCACUAGCACCCACUACACCCCUUGUCAUAACCAGAAAAGGGUACCGACUUGAGCCUGGCCAACCCAGAUGGCAGUUUCAUGAUGUGAAUAUGAAAAAUGUGUACAAAGAAUUUCUUAAAGGAGCAGAACUGGUUUGAUCCAAAGGAUGUCUCGUUGUGAACCCCGUACCCAUAUAGCACCCACUCCUAUCCAUAUCACAACUAGAGAAGAACCCAAUCGGACCCAUUAUAGGAGCUUGUAUCAGUGACAUUUUAUAAAAUUACAAAGGAAGAUUUCUAUUUAAAAACAAGACUGUUUAAUCUACCGAGUAAGAGUUGCUCAGUAUGAUUUCCAGUGCAUAGAUUUUGCCUUUUGUCCAACCAUAAAGAAGUCUAACUGCUUGGUUAUUCAGUAUCCCUAUAAAGAGGUUUUGAUGCUUUGGGGUUUUGUGAAUAAUUGUGGUUUAGUGUAAUAAGUUCCCCCCCCCCCUUCCCUAGCUCCCUUUGUUUUACCACAAGAGUAUAAAUAUCUCUGAUGUGUAAAAAGUGUACAUUUAGCACAUAAAGAGGCCUAUUGGUAUAACACACUUGUAUUUCACAAAGAAGUCAGUGUGAAAAGGCAGCAUGCAGUCUUGCUUUUUGACUAUUCUGACAAAUGUAUUGCUUUGAAUAGGUUCCUUGAGUUGCGUUUGUUUUGACUUGAAACACAUUUAGUUUCUUGGGAAUGGUUUCCAUUGGGUUUUUCUUUGGAAUGAUAAUUGAAUGCAUUCUUUUAAGUGCACUGUUAUUUGUCUUUGUUGUAUUAUUAUUAUUUAUGUUUUAUUUUGGAGGAACCUCGGCUUAGUUUAUUCAAUCCGAACGGGGUAUAUUCUUUAGUUAACUUUUUGUAUUUUAUUCAAAUUUAUGAAAUGCAUGGAAGCUCAUGUCUACUGUAGGUGCUUUUCAACCCAUUUUCCAAUUUCUUCUCUUUGUACCUAUUGAGGGACAUAUUUUAUUUCAAGGUGAUGUUAUUUUCAGAAAGAAUGUUGUAAAUUCACGAUAUAUUGUUUUGUAUUUAAGUUCACGUUAUCAUAGAGUUUGGGUUCAUAUUAUUUGUUUUCCUUUGAAAUAAAACAAGAGAUAUUUGAGGGUUUCAGGAGAAGAUGUACCGGUCAUGCCAAGUUUAAAAAGUUGUGUUGCAAAGAAUUUGUUUUUUUAAGCUCACUAUUUUGAUGCAACCAGUUGUUUUGCUUUAACAUCUGAUACCAGUCAUCUUGUUUUAUUGUUUGCCUUUUUGUUUUUCACUGUAGACUACCCAGUGAGAGUCUAUGGCCAAUAAAUAGUCUGGUCCUAUUCAGGAGCUGUAUCAGUUUACCAGCUAAAAUGAUUGCAAUUAAACAUAAUGAAGUCCAGCACAAAAUUGCUACCAAUGUAAUAAGCAACAUUUUUGUUAGCAUUGAUUACUUCUGUUAAUGUACAGUUCUUUGCUGGAUGUCAGUACAUUAAAUUGCUUAGCAAAACAACGUUGCAUUUAGCUGGAUUGUGGGCAAGAUGUUCGCAUCAUCUAUGGGUUACUUUUUGAUCUUGUUAUAACCACUGUACGGAAGGUUGUAAUUUUUCAUUUAAAAGGACAGAAUUACAUCAAAAACCAAGAACAAGUAUAAGGUAACUGUACAAAGGGACAGAAUAUUGGGACGGAGGUUGACAAUUUACUCAGUUUAGUUUAGUGUAAACAUACACUGUACAUGUAUCCAAGCUUCCUUUGGGAAGAGGUUAUGGCAAGAAUUGUUACAAAUUUUGGCUAGUUAAAAUACUACCUUUUUUAACGAAGUUUUCCACGAGAAAUUAUGUGUAAAUUUAAACCUAUGGUAAAAGAUUUAAUCAAGAAUUAUGAAACCCCAGUAAAUUGAACAGAAAACUACAUUUACGUGUAAGUGGUACUUUCUCAUUCACGCUGGCCAGAACAUAAGUCAGAAUUUCUAGGCUUCACCGGUGUAGAACAGUGGGGGUUAAAUAAGGCCUCUGUUUCGUUUUUUUUCCCUUCUUUUUUUAAAAACUAUAAUUAUGCAAAAAAGCUUGUAGAUUGCGCGUACUUAAAAAAUGCUUUACAUAAAAAUUGCAUGCCUAUAUACAUCAGUUGAUAUGGAAUUGAUGUGGUGAUUUUUUUUCUUGAAUUUUUUAACACAAUGUAUUAAUCAGAUUAAUGAGUGGUGUAUUAUAUUAAUGAUAGACAUGCACAGUUACUGGACUAGUUAUUAUUUUCCUAUUGUAUGAGAAUUCAAAUUAAAAACAUUCAACAAAACAA